AUGAAUAAUGAUUUUGUGAAUCGAAAUGGAGGAAGAAGUUCUUCUUCUUCUUCAGGGAUUAGGUUGUUUGGGUCUCAACUUGAUCAACCUCAAAGUCAAAGGGAUGGUCAUGUUGGUGUUGGUGCUGACGUGUCAUUGGAAGGUGAACAUGGUGGGCCCGGUUUGGGUUUGGGUUUUGAUUCAAGAUUGGGAUUUGGACAACUCCACCCUUGUGCAAAUAGGUCCAGCAUUGGUUCUGAUGCAACCCCGUCUUGUAGAGAGGUUGUGGGACCCUCAAGAACAUCGCAAGGCGGUUUUCAUGCACCAUAUUAAUUGACUAUUAUUAUAUACAGCUGUCAAAGCUCAAAUUUACUUGAAAUAUUUUCAAAAGCUGUAUAAAAAAAAAAACAACCAUUAUUUCCAAGUUUGAUUACCCUCCUCAACCACCGAAAUUCAUUAUUCUGUUUCUCAUUUAACACCAUUUAUACAGGUCAACCAUUUUGAUAAAUAUCUGAUGUGUACGUCGUGCUAUGGAAUUUGUACCUUGUCCUGAGUUUUAUAUUUAUAUUUUAAUAUGGAAAAGGCCUACCAAUAAUCCAUCUCAAAAGUAGUUGUAUCCUUGUGGCUAUAAUUGAGCAGUUGAAAUUUGAAAAGUAAUGAAAUUUUAUAAAUAUGGGUAAUGAUUGAUGAAUGUGAC